AUGGUGUUAAGAACAGCAGAGGAUAAGGAAGUAGUGGUGAUUGGUGAACGUCGAAAUUAUCUGUCGGACGUGGUUUCAACAUUAAGGGCUGAGAAGUUAGUACGAAAGGGAUGCGAAGCCUUUUUGGCCUAUAUUAGUAAUACGGAGGCUAAGAUCCCUACUGUUAAGGAGUUGAGAACAGUUAGGGAAUUUCUAGAUGUCUUUCUCAAGGAGCUGCCUUGGUUGCCACCCAGCAGGGAGGUAGAAUUUGGAAUCGAGUUGUUGCUUGGGAUGGCUCCAGUGUCUAUCGUUCCUUACCGGAUGGCACCAAAGGUGUUGGUGGAACUUAAGCCAGUACUGGGAAAGGAGUUUACGGUUUAUAGUGACGCAUCGCAUGUGGGCUUAGGACGUGUAUUGAUGCAAGAAGGAAAUGUGGUUACGUAUGCAUCACGACAAGUGGAGAGUGGGGAGACAUCGGACUUUGGGAUAAAUAGUGAAGGUUUAUUGUGCUUUUGUGGGAGAAUGUGUAUACAAAAUGACGAUGAUCUAAGGCAAUCUAUUCUGCGGGAAGCAUAUAGCUGUCUCCAUGCUAUGCAUCCUGGCAGAAAUAAGAUCUAUCAGAAUUUGCGUGAGCUUUAUUGGUGGCUUGGACUUAAGCGCGAGGUUGUGGAGUUUGUAAGUAAGUGUUUGGUCUGUCAAAAGGUGAAGGCGGAACAUUAG